ACAAGCCAAUUAAUACCUCCCGUUACUCUUCAAACGCUUCUAUUUACAAACCAGCUGCGACACACGCGUAAAACUCAACAAAAAUCAAUACGGACCCGUGUUUACACGUAGUCAUAGUGAAAUAAGCGCUGUUCGCUAUCGCCCUCGCAGCUCUAUUUGCCCACUGCCAUGACAACAGGCCCACCCGUGCCUCAAAUAUUUGGGCAAUGGACCGAACUUUCUGCCUGACUACACGGGACCAGCAACAAUGAAUCAGGAAGCGAAAAAAAUAGCUACCAGCCUGUACGGGAGAGUGAACGUGCCAGCUGUCGAAAGGUGCCGCGUGAACUUUUGCACGGAUUUAGAAAAGUCGGUUUUGCUGAGCAACUUCGAGCGGCGCGGAUGGAACCAAGUUGGGCCAGAUGACGAAUGGAAUUUCUACUGGGCCUCCACGCAAACCUGCAGAAGCCUGUUCAGCGUCGAAAGCGGCUACCGAAUGAACGACAACCAAAUGAUAAAUCACUUCCCUAAUCAUUACGAAUUGUCAAGAAAGGAUCUGCUCGUCAAAAAUAUUAAGCGAUACCGAAAAGAACUUGAAAGAGAAGGCAGUUUACUAGCUGAAAAAGCUGAAGUAGUACUACCAGGAGGGCAAGUAGUCACGCGUUAUAUACAUCUUGACUUCGUGCCGAUAACCUUCGUCCUGCCAGCGGAUUAUAAUAUGUUCGUGGAGGAAUACCGCAAGUCACCGCAGAGCACUUGGAUCAUGAAGCCGUGUGGAAAAUCUCAAGGCACCGGAAUUUUCCUUAUAAACAAACUAUCGAAGCUGAAGAAAUGGUCCCGUGAAGCGAAAACUCCUUUCCACCCGCAGCUAAGCAAGGAAAGCUACGUUAUUUCCCGUUACAUAGACAAUCCUCUUCUAAUCGGCGGCAAAAAGUUCGAUUUAAGACUUUACGUGUUGGUCACUUCUUUCCGCCCUCUUAAGGCUUAUCUGUUCCAACUCGGCUUUUGUAGAUUCUGUACAGUAAAAUACGAUACUAGUGUUACCGAACUAGACAACAUGUACGUGCAUCUUACGAAUGUUAGUGUUCAGAAGCAUGGCGGGGACUACAAUAGCAUACACGGGGGGAAAAUGAGCGUGGAAAAUUUGAGAUUUUAUUUGGAGGGUACGCGAGGUAGAGCUGUUACGGAGAAGUUGUUUGCGGCAAUGCAGUGGCUUAUUGUGCAUUCCCUGAAGGCAGUUGCGCCUGUGAUGGCGAACGACAGGCAUUGUUUUGAGUGUUAUGGUUAUGAUAUAAUCAUAGAUAACCAGUUGAAGCCUUGGUUGGUCGAAGUGAAUGCUUCGCCUUCGUUAACGUCUACAACAGUCAACGACAGGAUACUGAAGUAUAAGUUAAUAGACAAUAUUUUAUCUGUUGUGCUGCCGCCGGAUGGUGUGCCGGACGUCCGGUGGAACAAGCUUCCGAAUGCUGAAGCUUUGGGGAGCUUUGAGCUGCUGAUCGAUGAAGAGCUUUUGGAGAAAGAUGAACCUAGUUCAGGGGCACGUGGAAGGAAUAGUAAAUAUAAGUAA